AGGUAAGCGCCUGGGGGCCCUCGGGGCCGGCGCAGGCAUGGCGGCGGUGUUUGACCUGGACCUGGAGACGGAGGAAGGCAGCGAGGGCGAGGGCGAGCCAGAGUUCAGCCCCGCGGACGUGUGUCCCCUUGCCGAGUUGAGGGCGGCUGGCCUGGAGCCUGUGGGACACUAUGAAGAGGUGGAGCUGACUGAGAGCAGUGUGAACCCGGGCCCUGAGCGCAUCGGGCCCCACUGCUUCGAGCUGCUGCGCGUGCUGGGCAAGGGGAACUAUGGCAAGGUGUUCCAGGUGCGAAAGGUGCAGGGCACCAAUGUGGGCAGAAUAUAUGCCAUGAAAGUCCUGAGGAAGGCCAAAAUUGUGCGCAACGCCAAGGACACGGCACACACGCGGGCUGAGCGGAACAUUCUAGAGUCGGUGAAGCACCCCUUCAUUGUGGAACUGGCCUAUGCCUUCCAGACUGGUGGCAAACUCUACCUCAUCCUGGAGUGCCUCAGUGGCGGCGAGCUCUUCACACAUCUGGAGCGCGAGGGCAUCUUCCUGGAAGACACUGCCUGUUUCUACCUGUCAGAGAUCACACUGGCCCUGGGCCAUCUCCACUCCCAAGGCAUCAUCUACCGGGAUCUCAAACCUGAGAACAUCAUGCUCAACAGCCAGGGUCACAUCAAACUGACGGACUUCGGCCUCUGCAAGGAGUCGAUUCACGAGGGUGCCGUCACCCACACCUUCUGCGGCACCAUCGAGUACAUGGCCCCUGAGAUUCUGGUGCGCAGUGGCCACAACCGGGCGGUGGACUGGUGGAGCUUGGGGGCCCUGAUGUACGACAUGCUCACUGGAUCGCCACCCUUCACUGCAGAGAACCGGAAGAAAACCAUGGACAGGAUCAUCAGAGGGAAGCUGGAGCUGCCCGCCUACCUCACCCCAGAUGCCCGGGACCUCGUCAAAAAGUUUCUGAAGCGGAAUCCCAGCCAACGUAUCGGGGGUGGCCCUGGGGACGCCGCUGAUGUGCAGAGGCACCCCUUCUUCCGGCACGUUAAUUGGGAUGACCUCCUGGCCCGCCGCGUGGACCCCCCUUUCCGGCCCUCCCUGCAGUCGGAGGAGGACGUGAGCCAGUUUGACUCCCACUUCACGAGGCAGACGCCGGUGGACAGUCCAGAUGACACGGCCCUGAGUGAGAGCGCCAACCAGGCCUUCCUGGGCUUCACGUAUGUGGCGCCCUCUGUCCUGGACAGCAUCAAGGAGGGCUUCUCCUUCCAGCCCAAGCUGCGCUCCCCCAGGCGCCUCAACGGCAGCCCCUGGACCCCCAUCAGCCCCCUGAAGUUCUCGCCCUUUGAGGGAUUCCGGCCCAGCCCCGGCCCACUGGAGCCCCUGGAGCCCCCUCUACCCCCUCUCUUGCUGCCGCCGCCGCCACCACCGCCGCCCUCGAGCACUGCCCCCCUCCCCAUCCGACCCCCCUCGGGGACCAAGAAGUCCAAGAAAGGCCGUGGGCGCCCCGGGCGCUAAGAGGGUGGGUGGAGAUGAGGGCAGUGGGACCCCGGGCCAGUUCCAGAGACCUGGGGCUGUGCCUAGGGGUACAGGAGCGAGUGUGCGUGAGUGUGUCUCUGCUGGGGGUGGCCGUGCCCCUGAAUCAUGAACAUGAAGGACUGCAGACCAUGGCUGCCAGUCGAGGGGGGCUGCCCCCCUGGCCUCCCGCAGUUGAGCUGUGCCCCUGGAUUAUUAAAGUAUUCAAUCAUGGCA